GCUGCGGCUGCGCGCUGCAUGCCUGGGAUUUCACUGGAGCCAGGAGGGAAGCAAACAUGACCUUGAAAAUCCUUAUCGAGAUGAAAAGGUGCAGCCAGCGAGGGCGUUCUUUGUCAACCAUGUGCAGUGGGCUGCUUGGCUGCCCAGGGCUGCAACAAGACAGCUCUUCGUGUCCUGCAGCGUGUCACUGCCAGGAGCACAGCUGUCCCCGCAGCACAGCCAGCUCCUGCUGGUGUGCAGAGAUUUGGGGGACCUGCUGCUAAAGCUGACAACUUCUGUGCUCUUCGCUUAUAAGUAAUAAUGAGUGCAGAGGCAUUUGUGAGGCUGGGUCUGGCAGCUGCAGUAGAUGGGCCACUCGGGAGGACUGACUUUAAUUGUGAUGCUGUGGCAGAUGAAGCACAUAUAAGAGCUGGGUUCCCAGUGUCCUGGUGAGCAGCCUGACAGCUCCUCACCAACAGCGAUGGCUGCACUCUCUUCCCUAGGGCCUUUGCUGUUCCUGGUGUGCAGCUGACUGCUGAGAGCCUCAGUAACUCAGGGGUGAAUUGGCUCUCAAUAAAAACUGGGUACUCUGCUUUGUUACUGACUGGGAGCAACUUGUGGGAGGGCCUGGGGGUAUGACGGGGAGGGCAGAGCUGCGGGACGGACCAGAGCCAAGGGCAGGGUGUGCAGGUUGGAAGGUGGGAGAGCUGCUUUUCAUGGCAGCAACUAUUUGCCUGGUUCAAUUGUCAGUAUGUUUGUGCUGUAGAUUCUCCCUCCCUCCCUCCCGCUACCAGCAUGUGUUCUUGUACAGUCACAUGGGGUGCUUGGUUAAAGAAAUUGCAUUGCCCAAGAACAAACUGCCUCUUUUCUGAAAUGCCUUUUUGUUGUUUUUAAUCCUGAAGCACAUCCCAGAAAAGUACAUAGCUUCACAGUACAGUAAAACAAUUCUUGUAGUACAAAAAGAAACUGACACUUACUACUAUGAAUAUGUGCUAUGAAAUCCUAACUGUUGCAUUUCUGAGGGAACUGAAGUGCCAUUGCAGCCUGACUGUGACUGUGGCACUUCCAGAACUGAGGCUGCUGUAACUUUGGGAGCAGAUACCUAAACUCAAUUUGUUUUCUGUACGGGGAUAGAAUAGUAACAUCUUUCUUCUGGUUAUGUGAACUUCUGUGCUGCUUAUCUUCCACGAAAGGAAUUGAUAUGUUUGCUGUUGUCUUAGAUGACUUCUUUACAAGUGCUUCUCUUAAAACAUUUGGUCAAAAACGUUUUCUCAGUUAUCAGACUUACCAUUUUAGAGACGGAUGUGUGUUAAUGAUCUUCAGAAUUCUGUUUUCAGCUGGUACUGCGACGUGUGGCCUCUGCUCUGGGCACUGGAGAUGGGCUUGCUCCUGCUGGUUAACUGCCAGUUACCAGGCAGGAACUUGGUAAUGAAUGUAGGAAGCUAGCACUAGGUAGAAAUGUUCCCUUUAAAAAAGAAAAUAGUAAUGGGGGAGAUGAAUGUCAGUGCUGUUAAGUGGUGGGGGCACUCCCUUCCCUUCAGGAGGUCAGAUGCAGCAGAUAAAAAGAAAUGGAAAUAACACCAAGUUGCAUGAUCCCACAAGUAUCUGCAGUACUACAGGGCAGCCAGAUGGCACGGGAAAAUUAACUGCUGGUAGAUGCUGCCUAUGUUUCGGGUGCAGUUAGAUUGUACCUACUCCCCAGUAUAUAUCUCAGCUAUGGGCAAUGUACCUCCCUUGCUGCACAGCUUGCGGUUACACACAGGGCACUGGUACUGCUUUUUGUGGUGGCGUAUAGGCAAUGAAGUGCUUAUGUGGCAGCAUGGACGUGCUCAGUGCACAGCCACAGUUGGGAGUGUGAGCAUCUAUGCUGUCUUCAGUUGCUGAUAAGAAAAGCUGUGCAUUUCUGAGGAAUAGCUAAAAAAAGCUUUGAACGUGGGUAGCUUUGUGGAGCCCAACUGGAGACCAGGCGCUUAAAAAUAAAUAAAUAAAUGUGGGAUGCACUUCAUUAGGUACAAACUUGGUUAAUUGCUUUAGGCCAAGGCAUGCAGCAUUCUCAUUUCUGCAGCAAAAUAACUGUGUCAGUUUCCCAUUCCAAACAGAUGACAAUUUAACACCCACACGCACAGGCACACACACUUUAAAGAUGCCACCUUGCAUUUUUGGCACCCGGUUACAAUUUGUCACGGUCUGGUUUAUUGCUUGUACUUAACUGCUGAGCCUUUCUAUUCCCAUCCUCUUUGAACAAUUGAUACCGAUUAAAUCCAUAACGUUGUGCUCAUAAAGAGCCUCGGAUAAUACUCCCUGCAACAAUAUUUGAGUUGGAAAUGGUUUGGGGAAAUGUAAUUUUCAUAAGGAGUUUUCCCUUGAAUUCUGAAAAAUAACAUAUGUUGCUUCUGUGACUUGCCUUAAAAUACUCUAAAUGUUGAAUGUGAGUAGACUGCUCAUCCUAGUCAGGAGACAAGGUACGAUUCAAAAUACAGUGAAAGUUGCACUAAAUCCAGGAAUACUGCCUCCUUUCUCAGUCUUCUACACCAAUAUAAAGAACUGUGGCGCUGCUGGGGGAGUCUUGAACAUAAGCAGCACCCAGGCCAGCGGCCUGCUCCUGUUUGUCUGAGCUGGGGUUCCCUGGCCUGUGCACCAGGACUCGAUCCUUCCUUCUUGUGCCUUGUGGAAUGUGGGGCAGAAGGACGGGAGGAAGCUUGCAAGGGGGGGUGAGAGGUGGAGAGGGCAAAUGCAAGGAGUGUUCUAGCUCCUACCUUAACACAGUCCUAAUCUGUUGGCAGAACAGAUAAUGGGCCAUUCAAAAUUAAUGAUAUUUUAUAAGAGUAAGUCAAUUCAACACACUUGGUAACGCAUAUCUCACUUUUGCUGUCCACACAUGAGCGGGUAAACUUCAGUAGCUGUUGAUUUGUAUUGACUCCAUUGCAGUAGAAGUAGAGCUGUGUUUUGGGCUUUGUGCUAUUCAGGCUGUAAACGCGUCUUGGAGUUGUUUCUUUCUGUUUCUUACGAGGCAUAACUUCUUGGUAAAUGUUCCCGUGUUCCUCAGGAUGAAAAAGGUGAUAAACAUAUUCUUACCCUGAUGCUUUUAUCUUAGACUACUUAUUCGUCCUCUGAAGCUUUACUUUCCCAUGGUGUACUGUUAGACAUCUGCUCUUCUGUGACACUUCUGCUUAUUACUUAAAAACAGUAUGACUUUACAGGAAUUCAGAAGGAACUGCAUGAGCACCAGUAACAGCAGUAAUAGACAGGAAAGCUGAUACCGUGAAUUCCGGUUGCUUACAUGCUUUAGCAGUUGUUGCACUCUAGGGCCAAAUGCUCUGUAACUGUGCUUUCUGUGGCACAAAAUUGAGUUGCCAUGCAUUUGCGUCUGAGGGCUGUCCUCAGCUUGGUCCUGCAGAGCCACAGAGCUGCCUGCAGAGGGCUGGGAGGGGGCUUCUGGCUCCUGCCAUUGCCUCCCUUUCUGCUUUGGGAUCACAGGAGGUGGGGAUGUGGGUACAUCUUGAUUGAAAACCAGCUGUUUCUUUGUGAAAGCGGUUGAACCAGUGCUUCACUGAUGUUUUCAGGGUUGUACUGUUGUGAUCAUAUAUCUGAGGCUGUUCUGGUGCCUGAAGCUCAUGGGCUGGGCAGGUGUGAGAAUGGCUACUUCUUGGAUGAGAAAUCGUGGAAACAGACUGCUUGAAUGAUCCACGUGUAAUAUGGUAGGCAAUAUUCCGUUCUUGAUCUUAGUGUUGCUGAAGUUUUCUGCUUUUCCUGGAAACUUCUUCCAGUUCAAAUCUAGCUGUAUCAGUACUUCGCCUUUGUUGACAUAAACUGUGUUACUGGUAACUUUCUUAACUUAAAAACUAACUUCUUGAAGAAAUACCCCAGGAAGCUCUGCAGCAGUGCUCUUAGGAGUUGUUUAUGUGGGCCUGUUGAAGUAGUUUCAGCUUGCCUUUCUUGAGCAGAAUGGCAUGUAUUGCAGUUCCCAGAGCAAUGUUUAUGCUUAACUAUUGUGUUUUGUAUCUUGAAUUCAGGAUGGCUUUCCAAUGAGAAGUUUGUUAUUCUUAAGUGUUUUCCAUUACUCCAAGACUAUCCUGCCCAGCCCUCUCUGAUUCUUAGAGGCAGAUGGAAAUAAUGUGGCUCCCAUCUGGGAGUGCUGAGGUCAUGGAAGACACUAAAGGAGUCCUAGGCCUCCUCUAACUGCCCUUGAUCUCUCUGGGGCUUCUGUGGCUUAUUGGGAUCCAUAGCUGAACCUGUCUGGACAGGACUUCAGAGCUGCCAAGACCCUAUCAAGUGAGGGAGCAGGAAUCAUUCGUUAUCAUUCUGCCUUUUUUCAUUUUCUCAGUAGGGAUAGAACAUGCUGGUAGAAAUGGAGCAGUGCGUGCUGCUCCUUGAAGAGUUCAGGUUUUUAAUUGCCAUAUAGUACUGUAUGAAGUGAAAAUUCAGAGUGCCUGCCAAUGUCUGAUUGCAGGGUGAACCAAAAACCACUUCUAAAUGGGCAGCCUACUGCCUGCUCUGCUGCCACUACUGAGUUCUGAGUGCACACUGCCAUCCCUUGCGUAAUAGCUUCCUGAAAGCUGAGGGAUAUUGUUCAGUAUUUUCCAUGUUGCCAAAGUCUCAAAUAUAUAUAUUUAUUUUAGAAAGUAGCUAUUGGCUCCCUGCUGUACAAGUUGGAGGUGAGCAGGGAAGGGUGUCCUAUACUCUUUAUCUUUGGGGCAUCUUGCCCGUGUAAACUGUUACUGCCCACACUCUGUAGGCAGCCCUUCAGAGAAGGAACGCAGGCUGCAAGAACAGAAAGAAACCUUCCAGUUCCUAAUCUCCAAAAUAUGUCAAGAAACUAGUCGGACUACUUAGUCUGGAUGCUUGGUAGACAAUUUACCCCUUGCUGUGAAGUGAAGAGUCCCUUUCUUCCAAAGCAGUCAAACUUCUGAGUGAAAGGGAGACCUGACUUGAUUUUAAUUAAUCUAUUCUGGCUUUGCAGGUGGGAAGGCUGCUUCUGAUCUUGGAAGAACUGCAGUCCAACUCCUUUUGGGGGGGGGGAAAUGACAAGAAAAACCAGCCUCAGCUGUUUAAAACCAAAGAUGCUUGAAUGACUCGCAUGGUUAAACUCAAACUCUUGCAUGCUUUAAGUCUGGUAGUGCUGCACUGUUCUCAGAGUUGUACCUUACACUUUUAUAUCUUUUCUGCUUAAUCAGUUCUGGAAAGCAUGCAGGAUAUACAGGCUGGCAGGCAAGUUAAUGUUGUGAGAAGCCCUAACUCCCAUUUCCUGACUUUUAACCUUGAACUAUCUCAGGAAUUUUGCAUUUGAGUGAUUAAGAGAGUAUGACUGACCUCCUGCCUCUCUCCUGCUAGCAGAGCCAGUUUGUUAAUCUCUAGGAAUGAUCUAAAACGCAUAAGUGGUUUUUGAUAGUCUUUUCCACACAAAUAACUUAGUAGUUUUCUGUUUCCAAAGGUGAAUAAUCUAUGUGGAGAAGAAGUGCAGAGAAAAGUACUGUCACUGUGCAAAGCAGAACUUGUGCAUGUGCAAGGCUUUUUCAGAAAUGGGUAGAAUGAGCAAGCAGCUCUGAGGCAGUACACUGAUACAUACUGGGGUGCUUGCUGGGGCUGGUGGGGUGUUAAAUUGUGUACUUUGAUACUUCCAUUAAUCUGUUUGAGUAAUAUAAAUAUUACUACUGAAUGUAUAAAUGUAUUUCAUAGAACCACAGAAUGGCUUGGGUUGGGAGGGACCUCAAAGAUCAUCUAGUUCCAGCCCUCAUUUAUUUGGAAUGCUUGGACUACUGGGUGUAGCCUGAUUCCUGGAGUCCUUCUAAGUGCUUUGUGUGCUGUCCAGCUAGAUGCUAACACAGCUGAUUGCUGUAGAAGAGAAUAAGAAUGUGAAAGCAAUUUAGAUACAACUCAAGUUUGCCUUAAUGAGCUAUUUGGAGUAUUCUCACGUCUUGGUUAAAGAGUAGGAGAGACCAUAGCUGAAUUAUUGGGUGUCGAUGAAACUGUUUAAAAUGAUGAUACUUUGGAAAAUAAGCUUCUUCCAGAGGUGACCCAAUGCAUGGAGUUUGUCAAACUGAGGAAAGGGAGAGGAUGAGGUAAGUCAUUUGGAGGCUAUGAAGAUGCCCACUAACCAUGAUAACAAAGGAAAUCCUUCUGAAAAGAACACAGCCUUCAGACUGAGUUGCUUGAGAUGGUGUGUGGUGUGUUGGCUUGGUUGGUUGGUUUUUUUUUUUCACUGCAUUGCUAUUGGUGAUGUUUGAGUUGAGACUUAAACAAAUUUGUUUGGUUUAGAGCACUGACUUAAGCUUUUUUUGUUUUUGUCAGAUCACUCUGUUUUUGUGUGACGAAUAUAAUUCUGUUCCUAUUUAUCCUUUUAUCCCAGCAAAAACAGGGACCAGACAGAAGCACCUGAAGUGCUGGUAGUCACUGAAGUGACAUCUCUUCUGGGUAGCCAGGCACCUGGCGGGGGGGGGGGGACUGAGCCUCUGCAUUAGUCUUGUAAUUAUAUCAGGAAUCUAAGACUGGGUAGAACUAAUAAUGUUUUAAGAUUAGUGCUUGCUUCUUUAAGGUUGCUCACUGUUACCUGGGAAGCACUUUUUGCAAAGCCAUUUGCAAUUCUUCAUAGCUUUUGAUGGCUUAGUGGCUCCUUUCUGCUCUCUGGGUGGGCGGGCUUCCCCUGCUGAAAAUGUCGCAGUGUUGGGGAGCUGAGGGUUGCAGUGGCCCAGAGCUGCCAGUUGUCACAUCUCAGGGGCUGGCUGUCAGGAGUGAGCUGUUCUCAACUUCUUUCCCUGCAUUGCAGCUGGAGCAAAAUGCAAGGGAGUGCUUCACAGUGCUCGGGGUGGUGGGUGAGGAAGGCUUUGUCAGCAAGAUCCCAAAACGGGGCCUCCCCACCACCACACCUUUGGCCUCCAAAGGUAAUCCUCUAUGCAGCUAGAGGAGAUGCUCUGAGGGAAAAUGGAGUUACUAUAGAGACGAACAGCCCAAUGUGUUUGAGGGCUGGAUUGCAAAUUUGAGUAAUAACUGUGUGGGAGUCUAUUUUUAAAAGCUCCUGUUAAGGAGUAGAUUGCUCCAGUCCUAGAAAACUUGACAGAAAUGUGACAGAUUUUAUUUUUAAUGCUGGAGUUUAAAAAUAAUCAUUGUCUGUCUUGAGGACGGGAUGACCUCAUUAAAAACAAAGACUUCUGUAUGCUGUCGUGGUGAGGCUCCUGGCAGCAGAGCAGCCCACUGAGUGGCAGCAGCCUUCACUGCAGCGCCUUACCUCUGCACUGCCCACAGGGACUGUGCGCUGCCGUGGGCUGCUGCUGGGCUCUUGGACUGCUCCGGUCCGGUCUGCAUGGUAUGGGCUGUUGUGCUGCCUGCAGGGGGUGUUGGGCAGAUGGGACACAGAGAAAUGCUAAAUGAAGAGUUUAUUCAAGUAAAGCCACUAAAAAUUGAGUAGCCCCAUGGAGGACGUAGGGGUCCUGGUAGAUGAAAACCUUAAUGUGGACCAGCAUUGUGUACUUGCUACCUGAUAGGCCAACAGUAUCCUGUGCUGCAUGAAAAAAGGGGUGGCCAGCAGGAAAGGGAGGGGAUUGUCUGCCUCUUCUCUGCCCUUGUGAGGCCUCAUCUGGUAUCCAGACCUGGGCCUCCACCACAGGAAAGAUGUGGAGCUUUUGGAAAGGUCCAGAAGAGGACCACGAGGAUGAGCAAAGGGAUGGAACACCUCUCCUACAAGGACAGGCUGAGGGAGCUGGGCUUGUUCGGCCUGGAGAAGAGAAGGCUCCAGGGAGACCUUACUACAGUCUUCCAAUACUUAAAGGGAACUUAUAAACAGGAGGGAAAUCAACUUUUUACAAGUAGAUGGUGAUAGGAUAGGGGGGAAUGGUUUUAAACUAAAGGAAGGGAGAUCUAAUUAGAUUCCAGGGGAAGUUUUUCACUGAGAAUGUGGUGAAGUGCUGGCAUAGGCUGCUCAGAGCAGUUACAGAGAUGUGCUGGCCCUGGAGAUGCUCAAGACCUGACUGGAUGGGGCCCUGUGCAGCCUGACCUAGUGCUUGAACUACCAGUUGGCAACCCUGCCCAUCACACACGGGUUGGAACUAGAUGAUCUCUGAGGUCCCUUUCAACCCAAGCCGUGCUAUCAUUCUAUAAAAAUAAAACCUGACUUCAAGCUUCUCCCAUAAAAUGUUGGCUUCAGAAACUGAUGCUGUAAGAUAAAUGUUAUGAAUUGAAAUAUUUGCCAGAACUGGGCAUUUCCUAUCUUGUUUCAUAGAAUCACCAAGGUUGGAAAAGACCUCCAACCAUCCACCUACCAGCAUAUUUCCCCGCUAGACCAUGUCCCUUAGUACAACAUCUAAAUGUUUCUUGAACAUCUGCAGGGAUGGUGACUCACCCACCUCCCUGGGCAGCCCUUUCCAGCACCUGACCACUCUUCUGGGGAAGAAGUUUUUCCUAAUAGCCAACCUGAGAUGGUACUUCUCCACGAAGCUGUGUGCUUGCAGGGAGAAAAAACUGAAGGCAGCUGCUGCAGCUGCCAGUCUGUGGAGGACAGUGCGUUGGCUGUAGGGAUCUGCUGCCUGCAGGAGAUGCCUCACCUUGUUGUGCAGUGAGCUCUGCAGUCAGCGUGGUGCUGCUGGAAAUCCCCAACUCUGUAGUUUCACCCAUGGAGAGUCAUGAAGGAUUUCUGUGUGAGGCCAUGUGAUCUGUAUGGAACUGAUUAAAAUAAGGCUCUCCUGUUGGAAUGCCUUUACUUUGCUGUGGUGGUUUUAGGAACUCUGCAAAUGUGGGGAUUAAGUGGGUUUAAGUACUACACAGGAACUUGACAGUCCCUUGUUGGUUGAUAAACUGUCUUUGUGACCUAAGCAUGCUGUUUCCUCUGUGUGUGUGCACAUAAAUACAUGUCUGUACACACAGCUUAACUGAAAAGCACCAUGCUUCUGUCAGAUUGCUGGAGGCCUCUAGUUGGCACUGAAAUCCAGUGACUGAAGCUAACUUGUAAUGUUAUUUUUGCAAGAAUUAAUUUCUCAUACCUUCAUGGUAUUAAGUUCAAAUUUGUAAAGAGCACAGUUCACCAGUUUGCUACUUCACUAAGAAACCUUUGUGAUGUUACAGCUGCGUUUAACAAGCCUACUGUCAAUCAACAUCUUGUUAGACAAGACUUACUUGCCUUCAGUUUCCUGUGUAAUGAGGCUUUUGGUUGACAACAGCAGAGCUGGAGAUGGUAGAAAUGCUUUCCAAAUUUGAGAAGAGCAGGAUUCAAUUUAAGUGUUUGUGCAUGAUAAUGCUGGCUUCUAGUUUUAUCUAUACCAGGAGCUGUAGGUGAUACAUAAAAAGUUACAAGAAAUAGAGAAACCUCUCAUUAAAAAUGGCAUGUCUUCCUAAGUCAGAGCUAGGAAACUAUUUCCUGCUGUGGCAGAGGAAUUUGAGAAUCAUUUGAUGUAUGAAUACUUGAGUUAUUAUGGGCAAGCAUUUCAUGGAGGUGGAAGCAUCUCUCUGCAUUUACGGGGUGAUGGGUGGGGGCUUGAACUAUGGCUUUCCCCCUCCUGUUUCUGCCUCAAGACCAAAUGAUACUCCUUAGGUUAGUACGUCAUGUGGGGCUGUUAUCUUUUACCUCUGUUAUCAGGAUUGGUUUCUGAAGCAGUGCCCUUGGCUUGCUGCUGGGUGUUGGUUGCUAAGGGCACCUAGUUUCCAAGUACCUUAAUGAUCUAUUAUGCUUGCCGGAAGUCAAAGCUGAAUUUUAUUCAUAAAAUUGAAUGGAAAAAGUAACACACUGAAAGUUUAGGUGUUGUGAGUUGAUCAAACUAAGCUGAUGUGCUGUGUUUUGAAAUGUUCCUAUUAAAAAUAAAAAAUUAAAAAAAAUACUCUGAUUGAAGCAUGAAGAAUGAAUGUUUUGUAAUCUGAAUAGGGGAAGAGGCAGCCACAGGCAAGGUGCUAGGGCAAACCUAGUGUAGCUGGAAGAUGUGCCUAAACGUGUGUCACUUCUAACUGGACUAGCUUGGGGUUAAUAAAAGUUGUUUUAUGUGUGAGCAACCCCCACACACAUUCUGGUUUCCUCUUUGAAGACCAGAAGUCAUGCAUAGUCAGGAUCUUCUGAACUUCUACGUGUGCUGCUUUCCCUGGAAAGCUUGGAUGGAUGUGUCUGGAGGUUCUCUAUCCAAGGACUGUGAGGAAUGCAUAAAUCCCUCUGUAGGUUCAUUUCCUUGUAGUGCAUGCACAGUGGGUAAAAGGAGUCAAUUCUUCUAGACAGUUGAGUCUAGCUACAGUGAGGGCCAAUUAAAUGAUAAUAUAUUUGACUGAGUUGAUGAGACUUUUCCAAGGCUGCGAGGAAGCUUUGUGAAUUGCAAAUGAGAUGUUUCAAAAGAAGUAGUUCUGCAGAUGUGUCCUGGCUUUAAUUUCCCGUAUGCAGAAACUCUGCUGUUUUUGCAGAAAUUAUACCCUGACUGGAUUGUGACUUGCUGUAUGAGAAAAACUUUACCAUAUCCUACCUUAAUACAUUGUGCUGCAUUGUGGGUGUGCUUAAGGAGACGCUUGAUUUUUUGGGCUCCUGUUGGAAGCUGAAAUGUUUGUCUUCAUAACGGAUGCACAAAUCACGCUAUCUUAAAGGAAAAUAAUAUCUCCCUUCUUAUGGCUUAUUCAUUAAUCUGGCUGUGCACCAUAUUGCAUGUCUUUCAUCUGUCAUUGUAGCAUUGUUUCUUUGAUAUGUGCCAGUUUCUUUCUGCAGCAGCAAAGGAAGGAGUUUAGAAGUGCGAUUUGGUUCUAAAGCUGCAAUUAUUUGGGGAAAUAGCUAUAUGACAUAUGUUGUCUGUAAUAAAUGGAAUUAUGUUGUUAAUUCUAAGACUAAUUACUUUUUUGUUUGCUAGUUGAAUGACAAGUUUUUCCUUUAAUGAAUACUCCCUUAACUGCAUAAAUGGGGUAGUUGCAAGUUUGCUAUUAGCAGUGGGAGCCAGCGUUGGUCUGGUUGCUGGUGGGUGCUUUUUAGGAUAUGUAGGAUAUGUUCUGAGCCUUAAGAGUGACUUUAUGCUUCUGAGCCCCAUUACCUGCUGGCAAGUCUCCCAGCAGAACUGAGCUGGCUCCUGUCCUUGCUAGAACAGAGUGAUUCCACCUUUCUGCCUUCUCCAGGAUUCCAGCUGGAAGAACUGAGUGGCUGAAGUAUAUGCUUGGCAUUUGGAAAGAAGGCAUCCUGAAGAUGCAGAUCUAGCUGUCAGCAAUACUGAGACUUUUCAGAAUAAUCCAUUUUCUGUAUGGAUGUUCUAUGAUACUGAUAACAGUCUAGAUACUCUUUUUAAAAAGUAAAAACAAUAAACCUUUCAGUGGAACUUGACUGAUAAAGGGACUUUCAGCAGUUCUGUGCUGGGAGGUUCUGAUAUUCUUCUUUUUGUGCUGUAGAUCUUCACAUUCUCCAUUUGAGAGAUUAGUGGUUUAUGCACUGCUUCAGGUGGCAAAGACAGUGUGUUCAAAGAAGUGCAAAGGCAGGUAACUGAAGAGAGGUUACUGGCAUAUGCAGCUUUCCUAGACAUGUUCCUACCUUGGUCUUGCUGUGUACCAGAUUUCCAGGUCAUGCUUUGGGGAUGUCCAUCAGUCAUCUUAAGUGUUAGUUUUAUGUUGAACCUCUAAUGUCUGGAGGCGUAUUCCUAGAAUGCCCUCUUCUGCUGAUGCAUGGCUCUCAGCUAUUAAUGUGGGUUCCUGGUUAGCUGCGUAGUGCCUCCAGAUAAGCUCUGUUCAAGUGUGCUCAGGACUCUGUACAACUCACAGAGCUCUCAGCCCUGCUGAAUUAUCUUUGGAUCUGAAUGACUUCCCACAGACCUGCUCAAACUCUUUCUGGCUGCGCUGCUUGUGGUGUGUGCAGCAUAAGAACUGGAGAGGUGCUCGGUGUUCUGCUUUGCAUCCUGUGCCUGCUGCCCCAAGGCUCUGCUGCUGAGUUCACCUUGUUGGUAUACUAAACCACUAACGUUUGCAGACUGCAUUAGUGAUGAAUUGCCAUUAGGAUGGGAAGAAGCGUAUGACCCUCAGGUUGGAGUUUAUUACAUAGACCACAACACCAAAACCACACAGAUAGAAGAUCCUCGUGUGCAAUGGCGGCGGGAGCAGGAGCAUAUGCUGAAGGACUAUCUUGUCCUAGCCCAAGAGGCAAUUGCUGCACAGAAGGAGAUCUAUCAAGUGAAACAGCAGAGGCUUGAAUUGGCCCAGCAAGAAUACCGGCAGCUGCAUGAUGUUUGGGAGCACAAACUGGGCUCUCAGACCAGCUUGCUGUCUGGCUCAUCGUCAAGUUCCAAGUAUGACCCAGAGAUCCUCAAAGCCGAGAUUGCUACUACGAAAUCCAGGGUCAAUAAACUAAAGAGAGAGGUAGCUCACAUGAAGCAAGAAAUCCAGUACAAAGAGCAUGGAUUUCAAACGCUGAAGAAUAUUGACAUGAAAAUGUCUGAUACUCAAGGUGGCUACAAACUUGAUGAAGCACAAGCCAUUUUAAGUGAAAUGAAAGCGCUCAAGAAGGCCAUCACAUCAGGGGAGAAGGAAAAGCAAGACCUCAUUCAGAGUUUAGCCAGGUUAAAAGACAGCUUCGUGAAUGACAGAGGAUCACAGUCAGACCUGUGGGCCAGCAGUGUGUCCUUAGAAAGCUCAAGCCCUUCGUUACCCAGGCAGUAUCUGGAUGUCAGCUCCCAGACGGAUGUUUCAGGAAAUUUUAUUACCAGCAGCAAUAACCAGUUGGCUGAGAAAGUAAGAUUGCGCCUUCGAUAUGAAGAAGCAAAGAGAAGAAUAGGAAACCUGAAAAUCCAACUGGCAAAGCUUGACAGUGAGGCCUGGCCUGGUGUGCUGGAUUCUGAGCGGGAUCGGCUAAUAUUAAUUAAUGAAAAGGAGGAGCUCUUAAAAGAAAUGCGAUUUAUUAGCCCCAGAAAAUGGACUCGAGGAGAGGUAGAGAGACUGGAGACGGAGAGGAAGCGCUUAGAGGAAGAUCUUCAGGCUGCUAGAGACACUCAAAGCAAAGCUCUAACUGAGAGACUGAAGUUGAAUAGCAAAAGAAAUCAGCUAGUCCGAGAACUGGAAGAAACAACACGACUGGUUGCGAUGUUGCACACCCAGCUGAAGAGUCUCUCUGCCAGCAUGCUUUCCCUCUCCUCGAGUAGCAGCCCUGGCUCUCUUGCAUCGAGCAGAGGAUCUCUUGCCACCUCCAGCCAGGAUUCAUCCACCUCUGCCAGCUUCACUGACCUCUACUGUGAGCACAUGGAGCAGUUGGAGCAGCUGGACUCAGACUAUCAAAACAAGCUUGACUUACUCUUGGAAGGAGCCACUGGGUUUCGGCCAUCAGGCUGUAUCACCACUAUUCAUGAAAAUGAAGUAGCAAAAACUCACAAAACAGAUGCCACCAGUCGCAUACAGGCUUUGAGAUCACUGUCUGGUACUCCAAAAUCCAUGACAUCACUAUCUCCAAGGUCAUCUCUCUCUUCUCCAUCCCCACCUUGCUCUCCACUGGUGAUAGACCCACUCCUUGGUGGUGAUGCCUUUUCAAGCCAUAUGGAUUUUGAUGAUACAGAGAUAAGUACAAAUCUCUCAGAACUCACCCUAAACAUCGAAAGUGGCAACUGUAGACUGGAAGAGCCUAGAGCAGGAGAUAAACAUCUAGAUCAAGGUGUGAAUACGGCCGGAGGGACGGCACUGAAGGUGGCGUGUGUGUCAGCUGCAGUGUCUGAUGAAUCUGUUGCUGGAGAUAGCGGGGUAUAUGAAGCAUCUGUGCAAAGACCGUGUGCAUCAGAAGUGAUGGUGUUUGACAGUGAUGAUACAGAAGCAGCUGGGACAGCUAAAGUGCAAAUUGCAAUGAGAUACGAUGAAAAAAAUAAGCAAUUUGCAAUCCUGGUUAUCCAGCUGAGUAAUGUUCAAGCACUGCUGUUACAGCAGGACCAAAAAGUGAACAUUCGUGUGGCAGUCCUGCCCUGUUUGGAAAGCACAAGCUGCUUGUUUCGCACAAGACCAUUGGAAGUUUCAGACAAUCUCAUGUACAAUGAAGUAUUUUGGGUUUCUAUUUCUUACCCAGCUUUACGCCAGAAGACUUUAAGAGUUGAUGUUUGCACUGUAGAUAAAUCUCGCCUUGAAGAAUGUUUGGGUGGAGCACAAAUUAGCCUCGCUGAAAUAUGUAGAUCUGGAGAGAAAUCAACCCGUUGGUAUAACCUCCUUAGUUCUAAGUAUCUGCAGAAGCAAAACAGAAAAAGUAAACAAGGAACCAUUCAUUCUGAAAUACCCUGCACUGAUAAAACAGACUCCGUAUCAGCACUCUUAGAGCAGACAGCUGUUGAACUGGAAGCUGUGGAGAAGAAACUGGAGGAAAGCAGAACCACUUUAACUAGUGGAGAGAGCUGGCGAGAUGAAGAGGUUGCUGAGCAGGAAGAACUGGAUGAGAUCAGUGAAAAUGAAGCAGAAGAGGAGGAAGAAUUCUGUGCUGGAAAAUUGCUGUGGGAAACAGAAGAAAGUCUGAAUUCCCAUCCUCACGUGGAAAUGGCAGUAAAGGUGGAUAAAGAGACAAACACAGAGAGCCUUGCACAAUCUUCUGCUGUAGUUCGUCCAAAGGACAAACGAGCAGCAAAUCCACCACAAACGCAGUUUGUCAGGGGUAGCACCAUCAUCCGCUCCAAAACAUUUUCGCCGGGACCACAAAGUCAGUAUGUGUGUCGGCUGAAUCGCAGUGACAGUGACAGUUCAACGCUAUCCAAAAAAACCCCCUUUGUUCGAAAUGCGAUGGAGAGACGAAGCGUCAGAGUGAAACGGCCUUCAAUUAAGUCUGCUGGUACAGAGCGCCUGAUUCGCACUUCGCUAGACCUGGAGCUGGACCUGCAGGCUUCAAAAACCUGGCACGAUCGGCUAGUUCAGGAGAUCUCUGUGCUGAGAGAACUGAAGGAACAGUUAGAACAAGCUCAAAGUCAGGGUGAGAAAGAGUUACCGCAGUGGGUGAAGGAUGAUGAGAGAUUCCGACUGCUGCUGAGGCUAGUGGAAAAACGAGUGGAAAAAACAGAACACAGGUGUGAGCUCAAAGCUGAUAAAAUGAUGAGAGCUGCUGCCAAGGAUGUUCACCGGCUCCGAGGGCAGAGUCGGAAGGAGCCUUUGGAAGUGCAGUCAUUCAGAGAGAAAAUGGCAUUUUUCACACGGCCCAGGAUAAACAUUCCAACACUCUCUGCGGAUGACGUGUGAUCACCAUAAAGUAUUUGCUCUGGGGACACUUCUACAACUGCAGUUUGUUGGGGUUUUUUUGAAGUUAUUUAUGUGGUAUAUGGAGGUACCAAGGCCUUUUUACGUUAGAGCUUCUGUCAGUGCGUGGAUGUUUUAAGGACUUCAGGUUGACAUAUAUCAUCACAGAAACCAGCAUUAAAGUGACAAGAUUGUAUAGUUUGUAUAUUUAGGAAUGUAUUUUUGGGAAAUAGAAUUUUAAAUAAGAACAACACCAACAAAAAAAAAAAGCAGCAUCUGGUGCUGUUAUUCUUAAAUAAUGCUGUUUAAACCUUUUGUACAGCUCAGCCUUUUAGCAGCGUGACGGCAAUAAGCGGCGGUGGAGGAACGGUGCAGCUGCCUGUGUGUGGGGCGGCCGUGCGUGCGGUGAGCGAGGCCCGAGGGCCGCGUGACGCACGCAGGUGCUGCACGGGAAGCGCGAGCCCGCGGGCCGCACUGUUACUGCAGCGGUGCACUGCAGGGCUGUGGGACCGCAGCACCCGUUGAAGCCGCGGGCGGAGGGUGGCGGCCCCUCGCUCCGUGCGGGGUUUUCGAAUAAAGCAACCGUUCUGCACA